AUGGGGUUGCUAAGACCUUACUGCAAGGAAUAUGCCAGGAAAGGAGCCAGUCAAAAGAAACUUAUUCGACCAGAUAAUACUGCAGUUAUUCGACCUGAUAAUACUGCAAUUAUUCGACCUGAUAAUACUGCAAUUAUUCGACCUGAUAAUACUGUAGUUAUUCGACCUGAUAAUACUGCAGUUAUUCGACCUGAUAAUACUGCAGUUAUUCGACCUAAUAAUACUGCAAUUAUUCGACCUGAUAAUACUGUAGUUAUUCGACCUGAUAAUACUGCAAUUAUUCGACCUGAUAAUACUGUAGUUAUUCGACCUGAUAAUACUGCAGUUAUUCGACCUGAUAAUACUGCAAUUAUUCGACCUGAUAAUACUGCAGUUAUUCGACCUAAUAAUACUGCAAUUAUUCGACCUGAUAAUACUGCAGUUAUUCGACCUGAUAAUACUGCAAUUAUUCGACCUGAUAAUACUGCAGUUAUUCGACCUGAUAAUACUGCAAUUAUUCGACCUGAUAAUACUGCAGUUAUUCGACCUGAUAAUACUGCAGUUAUUCGACCUAAUAAUACUGCAGUUAUUCGACCUGAUAAUACUGUAGUUAUGUGA